AAUGAACCUUGGAAGAUCCCCCGUCCAAGCUCCAUCUCCUGCCCAUCUUCAGCGUCACCUCGUUGACCACAAUUAGAGUGUGCUUAUGGGGACAAAAGACAUGACAAGAGUCCAGUCAAGUAGUUCUUGUUUCCGAAUACGGCAUCCGCACUAUGAAGGAUUGUUCAACCAGUCAAAAGCAGAUAUCGCGCAGAAGCUCGCUACGCUGAAGCAAUAUGGCACGGCCGCUGAAGCUUUAGACCCUUUGCGUGUGGAGAGUUUACAGAAUGUGUUUGAAACCACAAUCAACGAAUACACAGUCACAUUCGCACCUCUGCUCAGGGAGAUCAAGAGGGAGUAUGAUCUGGUCAUAGCGGCGCAUAUCAGUCAGAAAGCCGAGAAAGCCUAUCUUCGCACAAAGAUUCAAACGCUACUGUGCGAGAUUGGUAGUGAGCAGCAAGCGGAUGACUUGCGAUCGACUCUGGUGAAGCAGACACUUUGGAAUCAGCUCAUUGAGAAGGAAAACGACCGACUUCGCGAGAAUUUAGAGGAGGAAGACACACAGUUUCUUCUGCGCCUCGCACACAAAUGCGUAGAGAGUCCGCCAGGGACACAGCAAUCCGAUCGACAACGACAUCUCUUACGGCAUAAGGAAGGUUGGUCCACGGUGCUAAAAUGGAUGACUGAAUAUUCCCUACAUGACGUUGUCCUUCGCGAGCUGCUCGAGAAAAUAGAACGAGACGUAAGCUAAGACUGGCGAUAGAUUCGGAUGGCCGAGGAAGCGUUUUUGCGAGCUUAUCAUUUUCAUUCAUUUCAAUAGCAGGAAAAGUACAAAUCGAUAGUGGAGAAGGAAACUUUAUCCCUGCUUACACAGCAUAAGGCGGCUACCACUCCAGCUGCAAAGCGUCAGGAUGAACUGGUACAGGAGCACGAGGAAGCGUUGAAACUACAACGCGAACAGUAUGCAGAUCUAGAAGUAGAACUGAGAAGUCUCUUUGAAGAGACGGCCGAGAUUACGGAAAAGAUUGAAGCGCUGGAGGUGCUCAUAGAUGUAAACAAGCGUAGGUUAGCGGCAAAUACGGCAGGU